UCAUAUCACGCGCACAGUUAACGAUGAACUGCCUUUACUAGUACAAAAAUGAAGGCUGGACUUGGCAAUGCGGACGGAACUAGUUGUCCGUUGUGCCCCCUAAAAGUUCCUUCGCUUGACGCACCAGCAAUUGAGGUCUUCAACCACUACUGCAGCCCCAGGCACUCAAGAGGUGGCAGUGGAAACGUCGCUUCGCCGGCAAGGCCUCGCCGAGGCAGCGUCGACCUGCCGAGUGGCGCUCAAGGCGUGUCGGACGACCCACUCACCCCCGCCUCCCCAUGGUGGGCCCACAUCCCCCCGCACUCAGAUGGCGACCUGUCCACGAGGUCUGCGCCUCUGGGUGGCAUUGCUGGCGAUGUGCUGAGCCCGCGGCAGAGCAACUGCUACGGGCCGGCCACUCCGGGAGGGGCAGGAGGCAGUGGCGCAGGACCUGGCGCGCGGAGUCGGCUAGCGAUGGGCGGCGGCCGCCACAUGCAGGAUCAAGUCAUGCAUGACCUACUGGAGGCGCGGCGGCUCUCCCGCAGCAAAGCAGGCACGCCAGCCGACCUGCUGCUAUCCAUGCUGAGCAACAUGCUUCUGGGCCUGACGCCCGACCUGCGCGAUGUGGAGCUGGCGCGCACCAUGCUCCUCAGACAUGCCGACCCCUACCAGCCGCUCAACCUGGACACGCAGAUGCGGGAGGCCAACCUGGACGCGGAUGUGGUGGGGUUGCUGAUGCAGCAGCUGGGCGCGAGCGGCAGCACUGGCAGCGCGGCAGAGGAGCAGGCGGCCGCCGUACAGGCGGCGGCGGCGGCGGUAGCGGGGUCACCCGGAGCCCAGGGCGACCAGUCUCCCGGCAGCAGUGAGGAGGUCUGGGCGCGGACGUCGUUGGAGACGGAGGCUGGCAAGCUGCGGGACGCCCUGACGCUGCUGCUGAGCCUGGGCCGGCAGCCGCGGGGGUCCUCUCCGUUGCCGUCUGGGUGUGCGGCGCUGUGGGAGGAUGAAAUCGGCGCAAACGCGUCCACAGCAGACAGCGCCAGCGACACGGACGGUGGUGUAGCCCCGCGGCCGUGUCAGGUUGUGCCGCCGCCCGUGCUUGACGAUGUGGAGCGGGCUCUGGCGCUGGCCGAUGAGUGGAAGUACGACACGUGGCACCUGGCGGAGGUGACCAAGGGUCACGCGCUGUCGUGCCUGGGGUUCUACCUGCUGCACCGUGAAGGGCUCAUCAGCCAGUUCCGCAUCAAGCCCACCAAGUUGGCAAGGCUGCUCCGCAGCAUUGAGGCGGGGUACGCGGACAACCCCUACCACAACUCCACACACGCCGCGGACGUGCUGCAGACGUUCCACGUGUUGAUGCGCGGCGCCGGGCUGACCACACACUACCUGGACCGAGUGGGGCUACUGGCUGCGUACUUUGCGGCGAUGGUGCACGACCAUGGCCACCCCGGCCUGACCGCGGACUUCCUCAUCGCCACGUCUGACCCGCUGGCAGUGCGCUACAACGACCGCUCGCCGCUGGAGAACCACCACGGCGCGUCCUUCUUCAGCAUGCUGAUGCAGUCCGACAUGAACGUCCUGGCGCAGCUCACGCAGCACGAGAAGAACGCCUUCAGGAAGCAGGUGCUAGACCUGGUGAUGGCGACAGACAUGAAGCAGCACUUCACGCUGCUGUCGCACUUCAACACCGCACACCACCUGCCAGCCUACAACAAGGAAGCCGGGCCCUGGGCGCUUGUAGCGGAGCCCGCCCCAACAACCAACCAGUCUGGUACAGAGCAGGCCAGUGGGGGCGCGGCUCGUGGGGCAGAAGGCGACAUCGACGGGGCGGAGGCGGCCGUGUCAUUCACGCUGCUGGGCACCUUCGACCCCACGCCCCUGGACGACACGGAGCGGACACUCACCCUGCAGGUCGCACUGAAAGCGGCGGACCUCGGGCAUCUUGGAGAGGAGCUGGAGGUGCACAAGCGCUGGGUGCGCGCUCUGGAGGAGGAGUUCUUCCGUCAGGGUGACCAGGAGCUUGCGCGGGGCUUGCCCAUCAGCCCACUAUUCGACCGCGCAAAGCAGGGCGUUUCCAAAAGCCAAGUGGGCUUCUACGACUUCAUCGCCCUGCCGCUGGUGCACGCACUGGCAUCAGCAUUCCCAGGCGCGCGGCCGCUGCUCGCGUGCUACGUCGCAAACUACGACCACUGGCGGGAGGCGGAGAAGGCAGCGGCAGCGGCAGCUGCUGCGGUAGCUGCUUCGGCAGCUGCAGGUCAGGUGACGACGGGCGAUGGGACAACGACGGCGUCAGGGACCGGGCAUCAGUAGCUGGCAGCAGAGAGGUGAUGAUGGCGUGCAAGUAUUGUUGGAAUUGGUUACCGUAGUGUCUAUGGCACACUCUGCAAUGCUACUGCAGAGUAUCGUUGGUGGCACGGCACGGGGGGCACUGCAAACGCGCGUGGUUCGAGUGCGCGGGUGCCAGUGAAUAGCAUAUUUAUGGCGCGCGAUUUUCUCGGAGCUAUCGUACCGGGUAUCACGAAGUCGGUCAUGCACGCUGCCGACGCUGGGCAACUUGCACACGACUAGCUGUGUGGACUAAAUGCACUUGAGAGUGGGGAUCCCAGUUUCAAAGCAUAGGACAGCCGCUUGACAUAGGGCAGACACUACCAGAGGGGCCUUGGCCCCGCUUGGACACUCCGUACGGUAUAUAACUGUGCCCUGUCGUGUAGGUCGUGUGUUUCGUGCUUAGUAAUGCAUUCACUGCGACGCCAACAAUGUUUGAACUGCAACCUACGAUAAAUGAUCCUGUGCGGCGUUUUCGCCGCGCAGUCAGCUUGCGGUUAGGUGAACCCCAUUGCCCAACCUAGAUUCGUGACGUGCAGUGAAGCUGUGCAGGGUGCAGUCGAGUGCAGGGACUGGUCCUGCUGCGAUGAAUGUUGUUAGGCGGGUUGCAAGGGGGCCGGAUUAAGGACGGAUAUGGUCCGCAUGGCUGUGAAGCCAGGGUGUUACAUAGAAUGCGAGGAAAUCCUUUUACGGCUGAGUUAUAGAUGACGCUUCACGACUCGGUGCAGGCAUGACGGCCGAUCGGUGGAGGAGUAUGGGUUCGGGAGGAACCAAAUAAAUGACAUGUCUACUGUACAGGCCGUGGGUACAGGCUGGAUGCAGCAGGGCCAUCCCGAACCCGUGGGGUGCAAUUCUUGAUGUCAGAUGAAUAGCCGGCACGGUGGCACGUAUGGCCCUGAUCCUGGAAGGGUGUACACGGGGCGCGUUUGCCUAGAAAUGCGUAUCCAAUACGGGGAGUAGUUUGAACGUGUAUGGGGGAUUGGGGGGGGUUCGAGUUCGGGGAUUCUGAAGUUACUGAGUUGACAGAGGCGGGGUGGGACUGGGUGGCGUGCUGUAUGGCCGAACUCUGACGUAUAAGGCACCCCAAACCCCCUCAGGAACGUGUAUGGGGGGGUUGGUUCGAGCGGGACCGUGCAGGACAGCAGGUGUCGUGGCAUUGUGGCAGUCGGCACCUGCACGAGUGUGAGAAGGUAGUUGUAUGGAGGCCUGCUCGGAAGCUACCAGACUGUAGUGACGCACACGGGCAGUUGGCGCUAGUCGGCAGGGGCGCCAGUGGGAGUGGGCAGUCGAGUGUGGUAAUUGGUAAGCCGCAGCAGAGCACGGGAUCGGCAGCGGCGGCUGAAGCCAAGGGCGAGAGGCUGGCAGUGUGUCGUCGUGCGCGCGCUGGGUCACAAGCUGCAUGUAAACUCAGAGAGAC